GUAUAUAUCAAUAUCAAUGUAUCAUUACAAAUACUAUGUAUUUGUUCACUCUCUUCCAAAGCAGAGGACAAACUCAAAGAACAUCUUUGUUUGUUUCAAUCACAAAAACAAAAGUAGCAAAAAGUUUCUAUUUGUUUCAAUUAAGCAAGAAUGAAGCAAAAAAUGGUUAUAAAGUUGCAAAUGGAUUGCGACAAAUGCAGAAACAAAGCCCUCAAAACUGCUGCUGAGGUCAAAGGUGUGACCUCGGUAUCAUUGGAAGGAGAUGAUAAGGAUCGCAUAUCUGUGACGGGUGAUAAUGUGGACACAGUCUGUUUAGCCAAUCAACUAAAGAAGAAGUUCAGUUGUGUCACCAUACUUAGUAUCGAAGAGGUGAAAAAGAAAACGGAGGAAGAAAAGAAAAAGGAAGAAGAUAAGAAAAAAGAAGAAGAAAAGAAAAAGAUGAUGGAGGCGUGUCGUGAUGUUUUGUUCGGGUGCAAUAAGUGUCAUAACUCGAGUUGUAAUGGUAAGUGUAGUAAAUGCACAAUAUGCGAAAGUACAAAGUGUGAUGGCAAACAUUGUGUCACAAUUUGCUUUAAGUGUGAAAAUCCAAAGAGUAAUUGUGCAUGUAAGUCUAAUUGCUCCAAUUGUGACAACCACAAGUGUGAUGGUUGCAAACCUAAGCCUCCUUCACAACAAUGUCCUCAAUGGUGCACAUGUCCUAAGUGUUAUGCUCCAUAUCAACCUUGUUAUAACCCUUGUCCACCUAAUUACAUGGUUUGUUAUGAUCCAAACCCCGAACCUUGCUCCAUCAUGUAAUAUGGACUUGGAUCGCCUAGAGCGCUGAAUGGUCAACACCAUUGAGACUAUUAUAUCUAUAAAGAUAAUAACUAUCUUUAUAAAUUCAAUGGUCUCUUUGAUGUUUUUGCACCAUAUAGUGUGUGUACGGGAUCUUACACCAUAUUCACGAGUAAGGACUAUUUGUUAAAUAAAAUUUGUAAGUACGGUGUCAUUAUAAGCUAUUUGUAUACUAGUACUAGUAUACAAUAAUCUUACAACAAAAUAAAUAAAUCCGUGGCUAAAAUUUUGAGAGGAAAAAUGUUAAAUUCAUUUAUCUAAUUCUAUCGUUAAAUUUAGCGAUUAAAAAAAUUAGUGAUGAAUUUUAUUUUGUUAACCUCUAAUUUUGGUUACGAAUUUUAUUUUGAGUCGCACCUAAACAACUAAGAAAUGUGUUAUUUGGUUUCUCCGUAGUCAUUUAUCAUGUAAACUUCUGGAGUUGCUUUGCUAUUUUCUUUCUAUUUGAGUGAGAUUAAAUUGUAUAUCUUUCAUCAAUAAAGAAUAAAAUUUCCUUUCAA